GAAGCAACCCGGCGCAGACUUUAGUUCCCGCUGGAAUCUUUGUGAAGAAACUUCCAGAAAUGAAGGAGAAAUGUAAAAACGCAGCAAAGACUCGGAGGGAGAAGGAGAACGGAGAGUUUUACGAGCUGGCCAAGCUGCUGCCUCUGCCGGCCGCCAUCACCUCCCAGCUGGACAAGGCCUCCAUCAUCCGCCUGACAAGCAGCUACCUCCGGAUGAGAGCCGUGUUCCCCGACGGUCUCGGUGAUGGUUGGGGUCAGUCAUCUCUCUUUAGUCCUCUGGACAGCGUGGCUAAAGAUCUGGGCUCUCACCUGCUGCAAACUCUGGAUGGCUUUGUGUUUGUUGUCUCCUCUGAUGGAAAAAUCAUGUACAUCUCUGAGACCGCAUCGGUCCACCUGGGCCUUUCCCAGGUGGAGCUGACAGGAAACAGUAUAUUUGAGUACAUCCACCCCUCCGACCAUGAUGAGAUGACAGCAGUGCUGGGUGUGUGUCAGCCGCAGCACCAUCACUUUUCCACAGAGUAUGAAGUGGAGCGCUCCUUCUUCUUGAGGAUGAAGUGUGUUCUAGCCAAAAGAAAUGCAGGACUAACAUGUGGGGGGUAUAAGGUGAUCCACUGCAGCGGCUACCUGAAAGUGCGUCAGUUCAUGAUGGACAUGACUCUGUAUGAAUCCUGUUAUCAGACUGUGGGCUUGGUGGCAGUGGGUCACUCCCUGCCCCCCAGUGGGAUCACAGAGAUCAAACUCCACAGCAACAUGUUCAUGUUCAGGGCCAGCCUGGACUUUAAACUCAUUUUCUUAGACACAAGAGUGACAGAGCUGACAGGAUACGAGCCUCAGGACCUGAUAGAGAAGACUCUGUACCACCACGUCCAUGGCUGUGACGUUUUCCAGCUUCGAUUCGCUCACCAUUUAUUACUAGUGAAGGGUCAGGUCACAACUAAGUACUACCGCAUGUUAUCAAAGCAUGGAGGCUGGGUGUGGGUGCAGAGCUACGCCACCAUCGUCCAUAACAGCCGUUCCUCGAGACCUCACUGUAUCGUCAGUGUGAACUACGUCCUCACAGACGUUGAAUCCAAGGAGCUGCAGUUAUCUGUAGACCAGAGUCGAGCGAUCAAACCUGGUCUUAGUCUCACUUCCUCUCUGGACCUCCACAAGCAGCACAGACCCAAAGCAGUCAGGAUGAAGACUAGACUGAGAGCCGCUCCCUAUCCUGAGCAGGCUACUAGCAUCUUCCAGCCAGACCACCCAGCCUGCUCCCUACAGAGGGGACUGUGGAAGGAAAGACCCCAGUACCAAGUGAGCCCCUGUAGGGAGAAGCGCUCUAGCUUGAGCCCAGAAGUAGGCCAGGUGUCCUGCAGCGCUCAGAAUCGGAACCUUCAUUACACCUACAAACCCCGACGUCCAGAUGAUCAGAGCCAGAUCCCCGGCUCAGGUCCCUCCUCUCAGUCGUGUCAACAGAUCAUUGGCUCCCUGAACAGAGCGCCUGUUGGCUGGAACUUCAGCCCGCCAGGACCCAACAAAUACACCGGCCUGGGGCUGGCACCUGAUCGAAGGCAUCCUGAUGAGAUCUACUCUGAUUGUGUCAUCAGCACAAACCUGCACCCUACCAGGAGGUUAAAGGAGGAACCCUAUGAACACUAUGCUCUUGUACACACUGAGCUGUCCGAGGUUUUUAUACAUCCUCAUCCCCUUAAGGACAGUAAACCUUCAAACAAGGACACCCAACAAAAUACCAACAGUGCUAAGGGACUUGCAGGUGACGGGGUCAUCGCCUGUCCUAUGCUCAGCAGCCUGGUGCAUAGUAAAGGCGAGCACAACAUGAGCCAGCCUCUGCCUAUGCACAUGGCCAUGGAGCAGAGGAGGAGGCUGUGUAUGAUGGAAGCUCCCAACAGCCAUCCAACCAGAGGAUAUCUUCCACAAGCUGACGGCCCUCAACUGUGUGUGUCCGCCAAGAACCUACAGUCUGCCGAGGAAGAUAGGAGGAUGAGAACAAGAAGAUUGGUUGGUCUUCCAGCCCAAGAUACUUUGAACUUUAGUAAAAUCUUUGGUAAACAUGGCUCCAAUAUUGACCCCCAUUUCACCACACUUAGCCACAGUGUCCAAGGCAAAGAGACAGCCUCUUACAGCCCCAGCUCAUCUCCUGAGAGCCACAGAGAAAUCCCACACUACAUUGGAACAUCUGUAAUCAUCACGAAUGAAAGGUGACCAAUUGCAGAAGCUCAGGAGACUCUGGUGUGAUCCAGGAUGGGAGCUCAGGAGACUCUCAGGCUCUAAGUCCUCCAAAGGCUGUGUCUCCUCUCUUUUAGUUUGUGCUCUUGCAGGAGAUAUGGACGUCUAAGCUGUAAGCUCUUAUAUAAUAUAUGCAAUGCACCUUGUCUUUUUAUUAUAAUUAAACUCAAACCCAAAAAUGGCCAAAACAUUAGCAAUGAUUUCAGUCCCAGGAUUUACCAUUAGCAUUUGUAUUAGUCUAAAUGUACAUUUUCAUAGAAAGUAAUGCUUUUUACGCUUUGGUUGUUUGUAUGUGGGUCAGAAAACAUCAGAUUAGUUGCUUCGGUGGCGGUGUAUGAAUGGGAUUAAUUACUUCUGAUGGAUGAUACUACAAAGCGACCCAACCAUCAGUGUGUGAAUGAGUAGGUGUGACAUGCAGUGUAAAAGCGCUUUGAGUAGUCAGAAGUCUAGAAAAGCGCUAUACAAGCUCAGGUCCAUUUACCAUUACCAGGAAAACACUAAAAACAUUUCAGUAAAUGUGGGUCUCAGCAGUGUUAAGAACUGAACAGUAUGUUUCAAAGUGACGACCAGCGGUCAUCUGUAAACUGAUGGUUCUCUCAAAAGUGCUGAACAGGCAUCCUUCCUGUGUAGGCACCCAAAGGAUAAAAAAUUGUUCUUAGAAAAAGUGAUAUCAAGAAAGAG